AUGAAGAGUCUUUGGGCCAGUGCCGCGCUGCUACAACUGGCAGUCGCUGCUCAGAAUUCCUUCAGCGUACAGGAUGAUGUCCUCGCCUUCCCUCAGUUCGUCGUCGACUUUGCAGAGGGCCAUGUUUCCAACCUGCAGGCUCAGGAGAAACUCUCGCAUCCCGACGCCCACCACGAGGACCGUACCCUUUCUCACUCGGACGAGUAUGCUUCACAAGCCGAGAAGCCACAAUACGACUACGAGGACGUCAUUCUGGCAGGCCAGCGCUAUCUGUGUCAGAUCCCACGUCUAGUCGAGCAACCGCCCUCGUCUCAGCCCAACGAGACUCUGUCAAAGCAGGACCACGAGAAAGAGCUGGCACGCGCAAAUGACAGGGGCUGGCAGCUGCUCAAGGCUAUGCAAGGCAACUGCAUCUACUACUGGAGUGGAUGGUGGAGCUACAGAUACUGCUACGCUCAGGGUGUCAAGCAAUUCCAUCAGCUACCGCCCUCUCAAGCUGUCCCCGCAUACCCCCCAGUCGAAGACCCUAGUGUUCCUGGUUUCAUGCUUGGCGCCGUUCAAGACCAGCCACCCCACGAAUCGCAAGACAGGUCCCUGGAGGACAAGGCAGUUGGCAAACUAGAGACUCGCGGCGAGAGCAGAUAUCUCGUGCAGCGUCUCUCUGGCGGUACCCUAUGCGACCUGACGGGCAAGGAGAGGCGUAUUGAAGUCCAGUUUCACUGCAACCCGGCCACCGCAGAUCGGAUAUCUAUCAUCAAAGAGGUCGCAACAUGUGCAUAUCUGAUGGUCAUCCAGACUCCGCGCCUCUGCAACGAUGUCGCCUUCCAGCCCCCAAAGAAAGAUCGCGCCAACAAGAUCGCAUGCUCACCUAUCCUCUCAGACGACCAAGUUCCUGAAUACGAGGCUGGAAUUGCUGCUGCUUCUGACCUUCUCGCUCCUGAUCUUUCCGAUCCCUUGGCCGACUCGCAACCUAAAGCUCCUGCAGUCAUCGGUGGUAUCACUGUUGGCGCUCACAAAUGGAUUCCUGAAGGCAGCAAAAUAGAGAAAUCUGCCAUUGUCGGGGGCGGCAAGGAGAAAUUCAUAGAGACGAUUGCAGACAGCUUUGGUAAGACCAUGUCUGCAGAUGAGCUGAAGAGAUUAGGCCUUGGUGAUGCAAAGAGCGUUGAGAAAUUGAAGAAGGACCUGGCAAAAAUUGCAGGCGAUCAAGGCUGGGAGCUCAAAGUAUUCGACACUCCUGAAGGGCGCGAAUAUAGAGGCGUACUUUUGGGCGAUGAGAAACCAGAGCCGCCCAAGCAAGAAGCUGCAGAGGGAUCUGAUCCCAAGAAAGACGACCCCAAAGCUGGCAAGAGUCCUGAGGGCGGGCAGAAGCCAGAGGGUUCUGAAGAAACAUACAAGGACGAGCUCUAG